AUGGCGUCUGGACAAGGUCCUGGCCCUCCCUGGCAGGGCUGCGAGGACCCUCCUCCACCCUCCACAUCAGAGGAGCAGGUAGCCCAAGACACAGUGGAGGUUUUCCAAAGCUACGUCUAUUACCGCCACCAGCAGGAGCAGGAGGCUGAAGGGGCGGCCACCCCCGCUGACCCAGAGAUGGUCUCCUUGCCCCAUGAGCCCAGCAGUGUCAUGGGGCAGGUGGGCCGGCAGCUCGCCAUCAUUGGGGACGACAUCAACCAGCGCUACGACGCAGAGUUCCAGAACAUGUUGCAGCACUUGCAGCCGACACCACAGAAUGCUUACCAAUUGUUCAUCAAGAUUGCCUCGAGCCUGUUUGAGAGCGGCAUCAACUGGGGCCGUGUGGUGGCUCUCCUGGGCUUUGGCUAUCGUCUGGCCCUGCAUGUCUAUCAGCACGGCCUGACCGGCUUCCUGGGCCAGGUGACCCGCUUUGUCGCUGACUUCAUGCUAAAUCACUACAUUGCCCGGUGGAUCGCUCAGAGAGGCGGCUGGGCGGCAGCCCUGAACUUGGGCAACGGCCCCAUCCUGAAUGUGGUGAUAGUUCUGGCUGUGGUUCUGUUGGGCCAGUUUGUGGUACGGAAAUUCUGGGGUCCCAGUUGA